GCCAGGCCGAGCCUCAUAAAGGGACCGGUGUCGCCCAGAAGCACAUCUCACUCUUCCUUCCCUUGGUGAUCCCCGCUCCGCUCCGCUUCUUCCAAAGCCACGAUGAGCCACACGCAGGCUGAGAAGGCCGUGAUGGACAUGAUCGAGCUGUUCCACACGUACACCAAACCCGACGACAUGAUCGACGAGCCGGGCCUGACCAAGAUGCUGCAGGAGAAUUUCCCCACCUUCCUCAGCGCCUGUGGCAAAAAGGGCAAAGAUUACUUGUCCCACAUCUUCGAGGAUAAGGACCAGAACAAAGAUAAGAAGAUCGAGUUCUCCGAGUUCCUGUCCGUCAUAGGGGACAUCGCCACGGACUACCACAAACAGAGCCACGGAGCGCCGGCCUGCUCCGGGGGGAGCCAGUGAGCCCAGCCCGC